AGGAGUGCUGGUAAAAGAAGGGAAGCAGAGGGCGGAGGGGCCACCACCUCUCCUCCCAGGGACAGGAAGGGCCAUGGCCACCAGCCUCGCCUAGAAAGCUGCAUACUGGCUGCUUAGCUGGCAGCGGCUCCAGCUGACAUGGUGAAGCCAGCGCGGAGUUCUUUUGGUCGGACAUACUUGUGAGACUUCCCAGGAGAGCAUCCUUGGGCUCAACUCACCCCUGCUCCUUCAGGGAUGGAAGCGAUGGCAGCCAGCACUUCCCUGCCUGACCCUGGUGACUUUGACCGGAAUGUGCCUCGGAUCUGUGGAGUCUGCGGAGACCGAGCCACUGGCUUCCACUUCAACGCUAUGACCUGUGAAGGCUGCAAAGGUUUCUUCAGGCGGAGCAUGAAGCGGAAGGCGCUGUUCACCUGUCCCUUCAACGGAGAUUGCCGCAUCACCAAGGACAACCGGCGACACUGCCAGGCCUGCAGGCUCAAGCGCUGCGUGGACAUCGGCAUGAUGAAGGAAUGUGAGUGUUGCUGAAGUGCAGCCACAUGACGGCUGUGGUCACCACCUAUA